AUGGUCGCCGAAAACGGAGAAUCUAAGCUCUUCGAGCAUUGUUGCCUCUGCAUUUUAUGCUCCAAGGAUCUUUCGACAGACUCCGCGGAGCAGCUCGCAACCACUCUCGAGCAACAUGGAGGCGAGCCCCUGAUUGUUCAACCCGGUGCCGAGGUCCCCGAUUUGGCCAAGUUCAGCCAUUUGAUCUCUACCACAAUUGAUUUCGAAGCCUACGAUACCGCCUGCGAUGCGCUGAUCCCUGUGGUAAAGCCACAGUGGGUGAGUAACUCACUGAUGAAGCGAAAAUUGGCGAAUCCCCGCCAAUACAGCCCAGACCCGCGUUUGUUCAUGAACGAUGUGGUGGUUACCUGUGGUGACAUACCUGACGGAGACAAGGAUGCAAUCGUAGGUGGUGUGAUUGCAAAAGGUGGAUUGUAUGCACCGAGAAUUUCUCAGAUGGUUACACACUUGGUGGAUCUCACAGCCGAUUCCGACAAGGCGCGCUUCGUCCAGACGAAGAAAUUGAAUGUGAAGAUUGUACUACCGCACUGGUUUGAUGACUGCCUUAAACUUGGCCGACGAAUCGACGAACGUCCGUAUACACUUCCAGACCCAGAGAUCUUGCGCGUUGGUCCUGAAACUCCAAUCCGAUGGCAAGAGAAUAAGGAUUUAGUCGGUGCGUCAACAGCAGAUCCAGCUAAGCUGCCCACGCCAUCCAGUUCGCCGCUUAAACCAGGUGAACGGAGUGUCUUUGAAGGGAAGUCUGUCAUGCUGUCUUCGGAUCUUGGAAUUGGCUCGCAUUUGCAGGAAUCAAUCCAAGCUGUCCUCGAACAAGCCGGUGCCAAAAUAACAUCAAAUAUUGAUGGGGCAGACAUGUUAAUUUGUCGUUAUCGGGAAGGGUUUGCGUACCGCACGGCAUCGCGACUGAAUAUAGACGUUGGGAGUCUCGCAUGGCUCUACCGCCUCAUGACAUUCAACACAUACACUUCACCCCUCAGACGACUUCUUCAUUACCCAGUCUCACGAACUCCCAUUCCCGGGUUUGAAGGCUUGAAGAUUAGCUUGUCUAAUUAUGUUGGCGAAGCAAGAAUCUACAUGGAGAACUUGGUCGCAGCAGCAGGUGCAGAAUGUACUAAAACAUUGAAGCAAGAAAAUACCCAUCUGAUUACGGCACAUGGAACGAGUGAGAAAUGCAAUGCAGCGAAGGAAUGGGGCCUUGAAGUUGUCAACCAUUUGUGGCUAGAAGACAGCUAUGCAAAAUGGAAGCUACAGCCAGCCUCAAAUCCGAGGUAUACCCAUUUCCCUCUGCGAACAAAUCUCGGAGAAGUCGCAGGCCAGACCCAGCUCGAUCGCAAUGUUUUGGAACAGGUCUUUUUCUCGUCCGGGGAGACCGUCGCUCAUAGCCCACGGCGCGCAAUGCAGAGCAAGAAGCAAAAUAUGAUUUCAGUGCAGCCUCCCGCUGAGAAGAAACGGAAGAUUAAUGAGGAUGCCCUGGAAACUUCGCACGGUACUCCGCAGGGCAAUGGGAAGACGCACCGACCUAUCCAGACACCCGCACGAACUCGAAUCAUGUCCGAGGGCAAAGAAAACGAAACCCCGUCGUCGACUAGUAGCCAUCUUGCCUUGUACGAAAAGGAAAGAAAACGAGUGGGCGGUGUUAUCUAUGGUGGCAGACGAAAGUCAGACGAGGGCCGGGUUCAAGAGAACAAGAAGCGUGCCUCACUUGAAGCCGAGGAUGAAAGCGAAGGCGAGCAGGCAGUAGAGACCAAACGACAGAAAAAGUCUCGGCCACCAAUUGCUAUGCACUUGUUGAUUACUGGCUAUCAGAGAUGGGUAGGCAAGGGCAACGAGAAGAAAGAGGAUGCAGAUAAGCGAGGCCUUCGAGAUCUUGGUAUACUGGUGGUCCAAGAUGCCCGACGAUGCACUCAUUUGGCCGCACCGUCGAUCUUGCGAACCACCAAAUUCGUCAACGCACUCGCGUAUGCGCCGACGAUCGUGAGCACAGACUUCGUCACCAGUUGCCUAAAGAAGGAGGAGCUGCUUGACCCCUCCGAUUUCCCUCUGGCUGACAAAGAAGCCGAGAAGAAGUACAAUUUUAACCUGUCUUCUGUCACGACAAACGCAAAGAAGAACAAGAAUAAGAUGCUGCAGGGCUAUCGCAUCUAUUGCGUCGAGGACAUUCGAGGAGGCUUUGAUGCAUUCAAAUCUAUUGUUGAAACAAACGGAGGGGAGUGCAUGCUUUUCCGUGGUCGUCUGGCUAUAUCAAACCAUUCUCGGCGGGAGGAGAGCGACAACGAAAGCGAAGCGGAAGACGACAACCCUGCUCGUAAGGAUGUCUUUCUCCUCAGCAGCGCCGGAGCUAAUCACGGUCGAAUCUGGCCUCGUUUCCGCCAAUUAGCACUUGAUAUCAAGAAGACUCCACGGAUUGUCCGAGUUGACUGGCUCCUGGACAUGGCCAUGUCGCAGGAAACACGUGCCGCCGACCAAUAUGAGCUGACCGAGGAGAUGAUCGAGAACACGGACGAGUAG